AUGGCUAGUUAUGAUCCUGACAUAUCUUUUAAAGAGCCUAGUCUGGUGAUAAAUGAAGAACAAGAUAACAAUGAGAACAUUAAAUUCAAUUCUGAAGAUGAAUUAAUUUUGAAUAAGAUAACUGAGAAAUUAAAUAUGUUUAAACAUGAUUUUUAUAUAAAAUUAAAUAAUGAAAUUACAGAGUUGCAUAAAAUGAUAAAUAAAACUUUAAAUGCUGGGAACUCUUCUAAUACCAAUUCUUCUUCUAAUUUAAGCCUCAGUGAUAACGAUAACAUUUCAAAUUCUGCAAUAGAUCAAAAUGAAAAUUACCAUCAUACCCAAAUACAUAGUAGACGUAAAAGAGUUACAAUUAAACCUCAGCAAUACAAUGGAGAGGAAGAUUUUGACGAAUAUAUUACUCAAUUUAAUAUCAUUGCUGAUCUAAAUAAUUGGAUCAAUAAUGAAAAAGCAUUAUAUUUGGCAAGCUCCUUGUCAGGAAAUGCAAGAAUAAUUUUAAUGGAGAUGAGCCAGACUGACAGACAAAAUUUUGAGAAUUUAGUUAAAACUUUAAAUUUUAGAUUUGGUUCAAUUGAAAGGUCUGAAAUGUUCAGAGCUAAAUUGCAAAACACUGGUGCUUCAGUAUCUAUAAUAAGUAUGCCAUUGUUCAAAACUUUACAACAGGAUAACAAAUUCCAAAUGGAACCCACUGAUAACUUACAUUUAGUAACUGCAACAGGUGAGAAACGUCCAUUUGUUGGUAGUUGUACUGUUAAAAUAACGUUUGGAUCAUUUAAUUUUAAACACCAGUUCUUAAUAGCUGAAAUAACACAAAGAGUAAUAUUAGGGAUGGACUUUUUAAGUAAAAAUUCAAUCAAUUUAUUGUUAGAAAAUAAAUGUAUGAGCAUUAAAGGAGGAAAACUACCAAUCUAUUCUUUCCAAGAGGGACAGAAUAAAGAGUGUAGUAGAGUAUCUAUUGCUGAAGAUACCAUUAUUCCUGCACUAUCUGAGACCAUUAUAUUAGGAAACGUAAUAGAUCCCAUUCCAAAUACAAAUACAGUAUAUGUAUAA